AUGAUGCGCCAAUCGUUAACAAGCCUGGCGAGGGGCUUUCUCUCCCGCCCGACUGCUCAGUCCGCUUCUGUCGGCCAGAUUAUCUCCCAAAGAACGUUCUCCUCUCUGCCCUCCCUCCGUCCUUCGAUCACUCCCCUCACGUCCGCCUUCCGCCGUCCGACGGCCACGCCAUUCACUCCUUCAACAGCCAAUGCCGCCGAUGUCGUCCCCUCGAGCGCCGUGACCGAACACCCCGCGAUGGCCGCUAUGCAGCUCUGCUUCGGUCCCCGCAACACCAUGAACCGAAACACUCGAUUGGUUCAGAAGCGAAGACUCGGUUUCCUCUCCCGUAUGAAGACCAAGGACGGCCGCAAGAUCAUUGCGCGGAGGAAAGCGAAGGGACGUAGGAGGCUGGGUCAUUAA